UACAGCUUACUAGUAUUACUAGCAUAGAUCAUUUGUACAAUCGUUCUUUACAAGCCAAGCUGUCUAUCUAUUCUGUUCUACAAACACUUUGCCUGGGAGCUUUCAUUGCCCUUAUAGUUGGCUUUGUAUUGAACAGGUUUGUGGCAAGAUCUUCUAGCGAGAUGGACCGACAAUUGGAAGAGAAGAUCGCACAGUUCGUCGGGGUUACUGGGGCAUCAACCAGGGAUGCGAAACGGUUCUUGGACAAGUACAAACGUGUCGACAUUGCCAUUGAUGCAUUCUAUAACGAGCCUGUUGCACUACCAACACGAGCCCCUGCUCCCUCGACGAGCAAGUUGAGCACGUUGUUUGACAAAUACAAAGACCCGGACGGAGAUGAUAUCUCGGUGGAUGGCACGAUCAGGUUCUGUGAAGACCUCAGCGUAGACCCUGAGGACGUCGUCUUGCUUGCUGUAGCAUAUGAGUUGAAGUCACCACGCAUGGGUGAAUGGAGUCGAAAGGGGUGGGUCGAUGGUUGGAAAAACGUUGGUGUCGACUCCAUACCAGCGAUGAAGACAGCUUUGCUUCGACUACGAGACAAACUCGGUUCUGAUCCGGAAUACUUCAAACAAAUAUACAACUACACUUUCGAAUUCGCACGGCCGCCGGGCCAGCGUAGUCUAGGUCUAGAUAUGGCUCAGGGUUUUUGGCAAAUCCUUCUUCCACAUGGGCUACAAGGCGGCGCGCUUGCACACACUCAACAUCGUUCGUCUGAUGAAGAGGACGAGGACGUCAUGAUGGUAACCGAUGAGGAAGGCUGGAAGCCAGAAUAUACUCAAUGGUGGUUGGACUUUCUCAACGAGAAAGGAGGCAAGGGAAUCAGUAGAGACACUUGGCAGAUGUUCCUGGACUUUCUGCGCACUAUCGAUGCAAAGUUUGAGAAGUACGAUGUAGAAGCUGCGUGGCCUUCCUUGAUAGACGACUUCGUCCAGUAUGCAAGGGAUCGCCUCAAGGUUGAAGCUACAUGACCGAUAGUAGCCAUAGACAUAAAACUUGCAUGAAGCCUAGGAUGACUUCCAACAGCACGCGGCUUUGACGGACAUGUAGCAAUGUUGUAUCAUAAAACCUUCUUGCCUGGUCUUUUGGCAGUUGUACGGAGACGAAUAGCAGCGGCAAAGCAAAUGAAUGUAUUUGAUGCCUCGGUGGUCACAACGUCCCUCUCCGCUGUCAUAUACGGGUCAGGAGCCAGCAUGCAGCAUAGUGCGGGAAAGCCUGCCGAAUCUGUAACAAGUCGGAUUAUCGGAGCACGAUAGCAGCUUCCAUGCAAGUAUUGCGGUGCUUGCUGCGUGUUUACAUCGGUUCUCUAAGGGAGGGCCUCGAUUUGUCGUAAAUUGGUGGAUAACGUACAAUAAUAAUGCUAACCGUUCCUUGGCAUAAC